UACUCUCGCAGAAUCACGACCCCUCCCUGCGAUGUAUCCGCAAGGCAGACAUCCGGCUCCCCAUCAACCCGGGCAGCCGGGAUUUAAAUUUACGGUGGCCGAGUCCUGUGAUCGAAUCAAAGACGAAUUCCAGUUCUUACAAGCUCAGUAUCACAGUCUCAAAGUGGAGUACGAUAAGCUGGCCAACGAGAAGACAGAAAUGCAGCGCCAUUAUGUUAUGUACUAUGAAAUGUCCUAUGGUCUGAACAUUGAAAUGCACAAACAGACAGAGAUUGCUAAGAGACUGAACACAAUUUUAGCUCAGAUCAUGCCUUUUCUGUCACAAGAGCACCAACAGCAAGUUGCACAGGCUGUGGAACGAGCCAAGCAGGUGACCAUGACGGAGUUGAAUGCCAUCAUCGGGCAGCAGCAGCUCCAGGCCCAGCACCUCUCCCAUGCCACUCAUGGCCCCCCUGUCCAGUUGCCGCCUCACCCAUCGGGCCUCCAGCCACCAGGCAUCCCUCCAGUCACAGGAAGCAGCUCAGGGCUUCUAGCGCUUGGUGCCCUUGGCAGUCAGGCCCACUUGACUGUGAAAGAUGAGAAAAACCAUCACGAACUGGAUCAUCGAGAGAGAGAAUCCAGCGCAAAUAACUCUGUGUCUCCUUCUGAAAGCUUGAGGGCUAGUGAGAAACAUCGAAGUUCCACUGAUUAUGGCAUCGACUCCAAGAAGAGGAAAGCAGAAGAAAAAGACAGCAUGAGUCGAUAUGAUAGCGAUGGUGACAAGAGUGAUGACCUUGUGGUAGAUGUAUCUAAUGAGGAUCCAGCCACACCCCGGGUCAGUCCAGCCCACUCCCCUCCUGAAAACGGGAUAGAUAAAACCCGAGGACUGAAAAAGGAUGCUCCUAAUAGCCCUGCCUCAGUCGCUUCCUCCAGUAGCACUCCUUCUUCUAAGACAAAAGACCUUGGUCACAAUGACAAAUCCUCUACCCCUGGUCUCAAGUCAAACACACCAACUCCAAGGAACGAUGCCCCAACUCCUGGAACAAGCACGACUCCGGGGCUCCGAUCAAUGCCAGGCAAACCAGCUGGCAUGGAUCCCCUAGGUAGAGACAUAGUCCCUUGGGCAUCCACUCUCCGGAAUCCCCUCACAAUCGGCUCCUACGCUACUCCAUUUGCUAUGAUGGGCCAUCAUGAGAUGAAUGGCUCUCUCACCAGCCCAGGGGCCUAUGCAAGCCUACACAACAUCCCUCCUCAGAUGAGCGCCGCCGCCGCUGCCGCAGCCGCCUAUGGUCGAUCACCAAUGGUGAGCUUUGGAGCUGUUGGUUUUGACCCCCACCCUCCAAUGAGGGCCACUGGACUGCCCUCAAGUCUUGCUUCCAUCCCUGGAGGAAAACCGGCUUAUUCCUUCCAUGUAAGUGCCGAUGGCCAGAUGCAGCCAGUCCCCUUUCCCCAUGAUGCACUGGCAGGACCUGGGAUUCCUCGGCAUGCGCGACAGAUCAACACGCUAAGUCAUGGGGAAGUGGUAUGUGCUGUGACCAUCAGCAACCCUACCCGGCAUGUCUACACUGGAGGCAAAGGAUGUGUGAAAAUCUGGGACAUCAGUCAACCAGGAAGCAAAAGCCCCAUUUCUCAGCUUGACUGCUUGAACCGAGAUAACUACAUCCGCUCCUGUAAGCUCCUUCCCGAUGGUCGCACACUCAUUGUGGGUGGUGAAGCCAGCACACUGACCAUCUGGGACCUGGCAUCCCCAACACCUAGAAUCAAAGCUGAACUGACAUCCUCUGCCCCUGCCUGCUAUGCCCUGGCCAUCAGCCCUGAUGCCAAAGUUUGUUUUUCCUGUUGCAGUGAUGGGAAUAUUGCUGUUUGGGACCUUCACAAUCAAACCCUGGUCAGGCAAUUUCAGGGCCACACAGAUGGCGCCAGCUGUAUAGAUAUUUCCCACGAUGGCACCAAGUUGUGGACAGGUGGUUUAGAUAAUACCGUCCGAUCCUGGGACCUGAGGGAAGGCAGACAGCUACAGCAACAUGAUUUCACUUCUCAGAUCUUCUCCUUAGGUUACUGCCCCACUGGGGAGUGGCUGGCUGUGGGCAUGGAGAGCAGCAAUGUGGAAGUGUUGCAUCACACCAAACCAGAUAAAUAUCAGCUACACCUACAUGAGAGCUGUGUGCUCUCCUUGAAAUUUGCCUACUGUGGCAAGUGGUUCGUGAGCACUGGGAAAGACAAUCUUCUCAAUGCUUGGAGAACGCCGUAUGGUGCUAGCAUAUUCCAGUCUAAAGAAUCCUCCUCUGUCUUGAGUUGUGACAUUUCAGCGGAUGACAAAUACAUUGUAACAGGCUCUGGUGACAAGAAGGCCACAGUUUAUGAGGUCAUCUACUAAACAAGGAUUCUAACAGGGCUGUCAAACUCUGGGAAAAACAGACCCCAGCUCUGACAAUACAAUGGGCAAGGACCCACUGAAGGAUGUCGGGAGAAUGAAGCGUAGGCAGCCAUGCAUUCAGAGCCUUUUUUUCUGGCAAGCCGAGAGGGGAUGUGCAACGUCACGGUCUGGGACUAAUGUGCAUGGAUUGAUACGUUUCAGCAACUUGGAUAGAUUUUUUUUUUCCUCCCCCCCACCUCUUCAAAACCCUGGCAGAUGAUGCAAAUGGAUUUAUUUGGAUGUUUUCGGCUCCUGCACCCAAGGAAACCCUCACAAAUCAUGCCUUCUUUUUAUUCGGUUCUCAUUUGUCUAAGCUUCAGUGGCACUGUAGUGGAUGGCGCUUUUCUUUCUUUCUUUCUUUCUUUUUUUUUGGAGGGGAUGGUUUCCUCCCUCUUCCCUAAUUGUGCAGUGCACAAGACUUGUGAAAAAUGUAAAUAAUGGACAAAUAAAUAAGACUGGACAAGAGGGGGAAAAAAAGGGAAGAGACUUCUUCCUACCGGGUACACUAGCUGUGUAUUUUGUCUGCUGUAAUUGUAAUCCACUGAUGGUGGUGGCUUUUUUUUUUUUUUUUUUAAAGAAGUUCCUAUUUGGGAGGGAGGAAGGGGAGGGGGUCG